UAAAGAGAGGGAAAAAAAUGGGAUUUGGAGUUCGCAUUAAUGGCGUGGGCUUCUCCUUCAUUCUGUUAACUUUCUUUGUACUAUGUUCUGCCACUGAUGAGAGCCAUAUUUUCUUCUCAAGUCAUGACAUGUUAGCUGAAAAAAGACAUAAAAUACUUUCGGCCAUUGAAUCUGCUUUGGGAAUGAGAGAUAUAGAGAAUAUGGAUCCAGACAUUUGGGCAAAGGCAUUUGUAGAACACUACUACACCAACGGAGGAGACACUUUGGUAACAGCAUUCGUGGAGCACUACUACACCACCUUCGACACCAACCGAGGAAACUUACAGAAUCUUUAUGGAGAAGAUUCUACGCUCACCUUCGAAGGCCAGAAGAUCCGAGGCGCUUCCAACGUUGUUGCAAAACUCACCUCCCUCCCUUUCCAGCGGUGCUACCACUCCGUCUCCACCGUCGACUGGCAGCCCUCCGGCGUCAAUGACGGUUUGCUUGUGUUCGUCACCGGAAGCAUCCAACUCCCUCUCCAACAACAACAACAUCUCAAGUUCAGUCAGGUUUUCCAUUUGGUCUCAACAUCGCAGGGAGGGUUUUAUGUCAUGACUGACAUGUUCCGUAUCAACUAUGCAUAAUGCCAUAUCCAAUAUUCUAGCAUUGGAUAAUUGAGACUCAACGUGGGUUCUUUUCCAUUGAAUGCUUCAUAAUUCAUAAUUGUAUAUGUUACUAUAUAUGUUGUAUUUAGAAAUUUCUGUUUGUAAUUGGUUAAAAAACACCUUCAAGAAUAAAUGUUGAAAGAUUACCGGGUAAUGGAGAUUAAAAACUUUAAUUAAU